UUUUCAUUGAUUUAAAGCAUCAUGGCGUCGGAAGGAGAGGCGGGUUCGGCUGGAGCGCUGGAGUCGGACGGUGCAGACGGUGAUGCUGCAUUUGGAGACUUAGCCACCAACAUCGACACUCAGUCUUCAAAUGGAAAAGAGCCAAUGGAAGCAGCUGGUGAAGGAUCGGAGUCUACUGAUGUUCAGAUGGGAUCGGGUGAUGAGGAAAAUGGGAGGCAGCUGGGAGAGGUGGAGCUCCAGUGUGCCCUGUGUAUGAAAUGGUUCACUGCAAACAUGUUUGGCAUCGACACUGACCUGCCUUCCCUUUAUGACCAAUUAUGUGUUUCACUGCAAUGUCUGCCAUCACAGUGGCAACACAUACUUCCUCAGGAAACAAGCCAACCUGAAGGAGAUGUGUCUCACAGCCUUGGCCAAUCUGACAUGGCGGUCAAGAACACAAGACGAGCACCCAAAGACUAUGUUCUCCAAAGAUAAGGUGGACCUACUUUCCAUAGUCAACAACACUGUUAAAGAUGCU